AAAAUAUCCGAGGCCAGCCAAAACCGCGGGAACCCCGACUGCCAGAAAUUACCAGGAAGAACCGUUAAUCUGCCGUCACGUGCGCCGGUGCUUCAACUGUGCAGCAGCGCCACCGCCUUACUGCUCCAGAUUUCCCCUAUCAAACAGUUUGUCGGCGAUAUCUUAUAAAUCCAUUUCGCAGUUCUCUCCAACCAAUUUCCUCCCCCUUCCUUAUCACAUUUCCCCCCCCUCAUUUACUCUCUCCGUUACAUUUCAUCAGCUUUAUCUAUUUGUUUUUUUUGUUUUGUUUCCAGUUGCGGAUCCGAAAUGAAGCGUGAAGACGUACCGAAAUCUCCCCAAGGCGAUUCGAUUCCGGCUUCUCCGCUGAUGGAGUUCUGCGAGGAGUUCUCGCAGUCGUUCGAAUUCAAGGCGGAGACAGUCUCCGAUGAGUCAUCGCCGCCGGCGGCGGGCGGUGGAGUUCGUCCUCCUUCUCUUCCUCAGCCGCUGGCGAUUCUUCACGAGACGCCCAUCCCUCCGUUUCUGUCGAAGACGUUCGACCUGGUGGACGACCGAGCUCUGGACGCCGUGAUCUCGUGGGGAGCCGACGGGGUGAGCUUCGUGGUUUGGGAUUCGAUCGAAUUCUCCAGAACCGUGCUCCCUCGCAACUUCAAGCACAACAAUUUCUCCAGUUUUGUUCGCCAGCUCAAUACUUAUAUUGCAACUUCCGUGUGUGUAAACUGGAGGGUUCUUUGUAAAUUUGAGCAGAUUUAUUGACAUGUAAAAGGGUUUUAAUUAUCUGAUGUAAUAGUAUAGUGGGUAGAUUUAGGGAAGUAGUAUAGUAAUUAGCUUCUGCAAAUUCAGAUGAUUAUGAUAAGUUAUAGGUGAAGUUUUGAUCAUGCUAGCGCCGACCUCUGAAUUUGUAGUGGAGCGGGGAGCUAUCUACCUAAUCCGAAUCCAGGGAUUUCGCAAGAUAGAUGCUGACAAAUGGGAGUUCGCAAACGAAGGCUUUCAACAAGGUCAAAGGCACCUCCUUCGAAACAUCCAGCGGCGGAAGUCACCACAAUCGUCAUCAUCUCAGCAAAGCAGUGGCCAUGUUGUUGGGUCCUCUGGGGAAGCAGCUGGGAAGUCUGGGCUGGAGAGUGAGGUGGAGAUGCUGAGGAAGGAGAGAGGAGCAAUGAUGCAGGAAGUUGUAGAACUUCAGCAGCAGCAAAGAGGAUCUAUUCAGCAUAUGGAGACCGUCAACAAGAGGAUUAAUGUAGCUGAGCAGAGACAAAAACAGAUGCUUUCCUUCCUGGCAAAGCUGUUCAGAAAUCCAGGAUUCCUCGACAGACUGAAGGAAAGCAAGGAGGAACGACAACGAGGCAUCAUAGGAGAAGGAUCAAAGAGGAAGAAGAAGUUCCUCAGACAAAGUCAAGGUGAAGCGAGUGGAAGUUCUACACCUAUUCAAGGGAAGAUGAUAAAGCACAAGUCUGAGUUGUUUCCUAUGGAGGAUGAGCUAUCACCCGACAUAAUCUUGCAAAACAUGGCAGGAGGUGCAGACAGAGAAGGUUUUCCAUUUGAACUCAGCUCUUUCGUAUCAACAGAUGACUUGGCUGCUGCAGGGCAAGAUUUCAUAAGCCCCACAGAGGAGAUUGAGGAUCCAUGUUAUAAAGGGAAGAAUGUGGUGAUGGAUCCACAGCAAGAACUAGGUCCUGAAUAUUUUGUCUCCUACCCUGACGAUUUGGAAUUGGGAGUGCAGCAGGAGGACUUGACACUUCCUGCCGUCUCAAGUCCAGGUUUCGAAAGCAUGGUCAAACAAGAGGUUGAUGUAUGGAGCAUGGGAUUCGACACUCAUCCGAUCAUGGCUAACAGUACAGGGAACGAGCUGUGGGAGUUUGGAGUUACAGGUGGGUUCUCUGACAUCUGGGAUUUAGGAUCUACACAAGCAGCAGAAGGAAGUUCAGGUGUCGACAAGCAGCUGCAGGCUGAUGGAAGCUUAUUACUCGAUGAGCCUGAAUCUGAUAUUCGUGCUGCCCAGCCGGAGGAUGCUGGUAGUUUGAAAAGAAGUUAGAUACUGGCGUCGUUACUUGUCGAUGCCAACUUUAGUAUUAUAUAGUAUGCAAGACUGGAUAUCUUUACUGAACUUACGUUUCUUUCAUUGAAUGCGUACCACUAUUUUGAUUUUUAUUUUCAAUCUUGAGAUUACUUUUUUCACUUUUCAGCUUUAUUUUGCUGAAAUUUCUUUAUUAUUCAUGUUUUAACUCUCUAGUAUGCAACAGAUGAGCCGGAAGUUGGCGUGCUAGUUAUCUUGGAUUCUUGUUAACGGAUGACUUGAAGAGUUUUUGAGCACUUGCAGGUGAAAUCAGCUAGAGCAGGUUGGUGUCAUGUUGAGCUUAGCAGAGUUUUCAGCUUAUGGUUCCUUCAGCUGUUAUGAAGUCUGGAAAUCUCUCAUCUUCGACAUUAUGGGACUCCUCUGAAAAUAAUACUAUGAUAGUGACUUUGUUCAAUCGGUUUGCUUGUAUUUAGCCGACUGUUCUCAGUGGCCUCUUAUCUGUUCAUACAUGAUACAUAGGCAGGGCCAAAUUCACUAUGGUGUUUGCUAGGAAUUAGGAUAGUUCUGCACUUAAAAGAAAGUUCCUGCUUAUGUUGAACAAAGUUCUGUACCUUGC